AUGCUAUUGAAUUCCAAACAGUAUUUAAGCUCCUCGAUCACACCAUCGCUUCUCGGGAUUUCACCAUCCAUUUCUUCUUUGAUUGAUCCAGACAAGUUUAAGCUUAUUGUUCCGAUAGCUACUAUCCACCUUACAUUUCAAGAUGGCCCCCCGUCGACUUCUUCUCGUCAGCUAUCCUCGCACAGCAUCCAACCUCCUCCUAAAGGUUCUGAAUAUUCCAGGCCAGCCUGAUAUCAUCGCCAACGACAAUGGAGGCUACUUCUUCAUGAAUGCCUUCAUGUCCAGCGCCAAGGACGGUCGCAUCUACAAGCCAGCCGACCAGUGGACCAAGGGCGAAUGUGAUGAAGUCCGAGCUGCCUUCCAGGAUGGCCUGGACGAGAUGGAGAAAUACAGUAGCCGGGCUGAGAAAGAAAAUAAAAUGCUACUCACCAAAGAGCAUGCCUUCUGGCUCUGCAACCCAAUGGCAUUCAGUCGGAUGAUCUACGGCACCAACGGUAGCCAUGACUCCUUCUUCCACCUUCAAAUCCCAAUCACCUACGGACCCUCACAGACCUACUCCCCUAAUAACGAGACCGUCUUUUCGGACGAGUAUCUGCGCACCUGGCGCUUUGCAUUUAUCAUUCGUCAUCCAGCGCUGGUGUUUCCCUCCUUCUAUCGUGCAAUGCUGAAGAUGGUGGCCAUAGAUGCUGUACAGCAAGAGGAGCUGCGUGGUGUCUUAGAAACAAACAUGUCCAUGAAGUGGACCCGGAUGCUCUACGACUGGGGUAUGGAGAAUCACGAUACGGAGUCUAAGCCCUUGUUGCUGGAUGCCCAUGAUGUUAUCCAUAAUCCUCAUGUGCUAGCUCGAUUCUGUGAGCUGGCGGGCCUGGAUCCCAACAAGCUCAAGUUUGAGUGGGAGAAAAAGCUAGAGACUAGUGGUGUGCAGAGUAACGGAACUUCUACCGAGCAGCGAGACAAUACCGAGCAAAGGUCACCCAUUCAAAGCGAGCAGGCUAAGGCGAUCAUGUUAUCUAGCUUGGCGGGAUCAUCCGGGGUUUUGAAAGAGAAGGCACCGGAGAUCUUGGACAUCGCUGCCGAGGCAUCUAAGUGGAGAAAGGAAUUCGGCGAGGAGUCUGGUCUUCUUGUUGAGAAGGCGGUUUUGGCAGCCAUGCCGGAUUAUGAAUACUUAAAGGCUCGGCGUGUGAGAAUGUAAGGAUACAGUGCUACGACUGGAGAAGAGUAACUGUCCUAUGACAUAAAACGAUGUCAAUGAUGUAAUGAUAAGAAGAAAGUCAUGGUAUAAGCGAAAGGGUUUAAUUGAUGCAUAAAUGCCUUUAGAAGGCUUUCUAGCUUUGGAGAGUAUACUGUUCAUAAAUCAUACAACUGACAGUUAUGCUAAGGCAGCUAGCAACACUCAACCAGUUUUUGGUAUAAAUGUAGGCCAUUACUCUGAAAGAUGACAUAGCAUUGAUUCAUGGAGAGGACCUAUGUACACAAUGUAGUACUAGUAUAUCUAAGCCUGCCUUGAAGUCUAGCCCUUAGAUGGAAGGAGGACAAAGGGUUAACCCUAAGUCACGGGACAAGGAAAAGCGGAACCGGAUCGGCUAGUGGAUUUUUCCGCACUAGCGCGGCCCACGCACGAACCGACGGCUUUUCUUUUCUGCUGAGCUGGAAUUCAGUUGU